ACUUACAAAUCCCAUGGAUCUGCUUUAAAUCACUCAGAAGACAACGCAAGCACAGCGCUACACAUCUACGCAUCCUUCCAUUUCUUAAAUUAGCCACCUUAAGCUUCGAGAUACCGCCCCCAAUUUCAGUGUCGGUACGGAGCCGCCAGGCCGGGACAGAGACGGAGAGAGAUCCCUCGGCCAUGGAAGCGCUCGGACCCGGCCCGCCUGCCCCUCCCUCCCUCUUCCAGCCACCGCGCCGGCCCGGCUUGGGUACGGUGGGGAAGCCGAUUCGCCUGCUGGCCAAUCACUUCCAGGUGCAGAUCCCCAAGAUCGACGUCUACCAUUACGACAUCGACAUCAAGCCUGAAAAGCGACCCCGCAGGGUCAACAGAGAGGUGGUGGACACGAUGGUGAGACACUUUAAGAUGCAGAUCUUUGGGGACAGGCAGCCUGGGUAUGAUGGCAAGAGGAACAUGUAUACGGCGCAUCCGCUACCCAUCGGCCGGGACCGGGUGGAUCUGGAGGUGACGUUGCCAGGCGAGGGGAAGGAUCAGACCUUCAAGGUGUCUCUGCAGUGGGUGUCGGUGGUGAGUCUGCAGAUGCUCCUGGAAGCUCUGUCCGGUCACCUGAACGAGGUCCCGGAGGAUUCUGUUCAGGCUCUGGAUGUCAUCACUCGUCACCUGCCCUCCAUGCGGUACACUCCAGUCGGUCGUUCCUUCUUCUCACCACCAGAGGGAUACUAUCACCCGCUGGGAGGAGGGAGGGAGGUUUGGUUUGGUUUCCAUCAGUCGGUCCGUCCAGCAAUGUGGAACAUGAUGCUCAACAUAGAUGUGUCAGCUACAGCCUUCUACCGAGCCCAGCCCGUCAUCGAGUUCAUGUGUGAGGUUCUGGACAUCCAGAACAUCAAUGAGCAGACCAAACCCCUCACAGAUUCACAACGUGUCAAGUUCACCAAGGAGAUCCGAGGACUGAAAGUGGAGGUCACACACUGCGGCCAGAUGAAGAGGAAGUACCGUGUGUGUAACGUCACGCGCCGCCCUGCCAGCCAUCAGACAUUUCCUUUGCAGCUCGAGAACGGACAAGCUAUGGAGUGCACCGUUGCCCAGUAUUUCAAACAAAAGUACAGCCUGCAGCUCAAAUACCCCCAUCUGCCCUGCCUCCAGGUGGGGCAGGAACAAAAGCACACCUACCUGCCCCUUGAGGUUUGUAACAUAGUGGCAGGACAGCGCUGUAUAAAGAAGCUAACAGAUAACCAGACCUCGACCAUGAUCAAAGCUACGGCCCGCUCCGCCCCAGACAGACAGGAAGAGAUCAGCAGACUGGUCAAAAGCAACAGCAUGGUGGGCGGGCCCGACCCGUACCUGAAAGAGUUCGGUAUCGUGGUGCACAAUGACAUGACCGAGGUGACUGGGCGGGUCCUCCCAGCGCCCAUGCUUCAGUAUGGGGGCCGGAACAAGACGGUGGCCACACCCAACCAGGGUGUCUGGGACAUGAGGGGAAAGCAGUUUUAUGCGGGUAUUGAGAUCAAGGUGUGGGCCGUGGCCUGCUUCGCCCCGCAGAAACAAUGCAGAGAGGAUCUGCUCAAGAGCUUCACCGACCAGCUGCGCAAGAUCUCCAAGGACGCCGGGAUGCCGAUCCAAGGCCAGCCCUGCUUCUGCAAGUACGCCCAGGGCGCAGACAGCGUGGAGCCCAUGUUCAAGCAUCUCAAGAUGUCUUACGUGGGACUACAGCUCAUUGUGGUCAUUCUGCCAGGGAAAACACCUGUCUAUGCGGAGGUGAAGCGUGUGGGAGACACUCUGCUGGGAAUGGCCACUCAGUGCGUGCAGGUGAAAAACGUGGUGAAGACGUCCCCUCAGACGCUGUCCAACCUCUGUCUGAAGAUCAACGCCAAACUAGGGGGCAUCAACAAUGUGCUGGUGCCACAUCAGAGGCCCUCUGUGUUCCAGCAGCCGGUCAUCUUCUUGGGCGCGGAUGUCACUCACCCACCCGCGGGCGACGGGAAGAAGCCGUCCAUUGCGGCGGUGGUGGGGAGCAUGGACGGACACCCCAGCCGCUACUGUGCCACCGUGCGGGUGCAGACUUCACGCCAGGAUCUGUCCCAGGAGCAGCUCUUCAGUCAGGAGGUCAUUCAGGAUCUCACCAACAUGGUGCGAGAGCUCCUCAUUCAGUUCUACAAGUCGACCCGGUUUAAGCCCACGCGCAUCAUCUACUACCGCGGAGGAGUUUCUGAGGGCCAGAUGAAGCAGGUCGCCUGGCCGGAGCUAAUCGCCAUCAGGAAAGCUUGCAUCAGUCUCGAAGAGGAUUACAGACCAGGAAUCACCUACAUCGUAGUGCAGAAACGUCACCACACUCGCCUCUUUUGCUCUGAUAAAGCCGAGAGGGUCGGGAAGAGUGGCAAUGUCCCAGCAGGCACUACAGUGGACAGCACCAUCACACACCCCUCAGAGUUUGACUUCUACCUGUGCAGCCAUGCUGGAAUCCAGGGCACUAGCCGUCCCUCUCACUAUCACGUCUUGUGGGAUGACAACUGUUUCACCGCCGACGAACUGCAGCUCUUGACUUACCAGCUUUGCCACACUUACGUGCGCUGCACCCGCUCCGUCUCCAUCCCAGCGCCAGCCUACUACGCCCGGCUCGUGGCGUUCCGUGCCCGUUACCACUUAGUGGACAAAGACCAUGACAGCGCUGAAGGCAGUCACGUAUCAGGACAGAGUAACGGCCGAGACCCUCAGGCCCUGGCGAAGGCGGUCCAGAUUCACUAUGAUACCCAGCACACUAUGUACUUCGCCUGACGUCAGCCAGCAGGAGACGCACUUCUACACUCCCUCUUCGAUCUGUCUCUCUCUCUCUUCCUCUUCCUGUUUCUCUAUCGCGUCGUCGUCUGCAGCCAAGCAGUUCUGAACCCAGGGGGCCAUCUGUCAAUCCAGUCGAAAUCGGUCGGCCUCAGAAGAACCAACCUCUACCAGCAGUCCUGCACUGAGAGGCUUCCUGCCUCCAAUGCACAGAGAAAAAAAUCAAUUUGAGCCAUUUUUAACACUUUCUUUUCUUGUUUUGAUUUUGAAUGUUUUUAAUUUGUAAUAUACACUGAGUGUGAGCAAACCUGCGCCAUUGGUCAGGGCAGCUCUGGCUCUCUUAGCUAAGCUGGACUCUGUCUACUUUUACCUCAAGCCGCCAUUGGCUGAAUCUUGUCACAUGUCUUUUGGGGUGGGGCGGGGGCGGGGCUUGCAUGUCCGGGUGGGGGGGGGGGGGUUGACUUGUUUAUCCUUUUUAUGGUCGUAUUUGGACUCUCCUCUCAGUCUUUUACAAACGAGGUGACCUGGGUAUACAUGCCCAUUACCCGCUACCGUUUUGUGCGCUUGUGUGCGCGUGUGUGUGUGUGCGUGUGUGUGUGUGUGUGUGUGAGAGUGUGUGAGUGAAUGUGAGUUCAUGUCUCAUGGCAAGCCACUGAAUUGUAAAGGGAAAUCUAGGAACGAACUGCUGUAAAUGCCUGGUUUUUUAUAUUAACACACACAUAGAUGUAUAAAAAAAAUAUAUAAAUAUUUACAACUCUAUAAGCAUAUUCCACUUGAUCUAACAGGCUUUCAUAAGCUGAUGGUUUUGUGUAGCAGUAGCAUUACCCAUGGGCAAACGGGGCUUGGUACAGGUGCCAUUCUGCCCGUGGCGAGACCGGAAACGCAUGCGUCUUGUUCGGAUGUUUAUUUUACAGGGUUAAAGGUAUGGCCAUUGCACAGUUACGGACGCGCCGUCUGAUAGGCUAGGCUUGCAACAUACAGCACUCUCCCUUCUUUUAUGCAUUUAUACAUAAGAUUCAAAUCAGAUUUGUAAGAGUUUAAUAUAAAUGUUUUUGUGGUAAACUUUAACAGUUUGUUAGAGUAGAUAAUCGUCGUUCUUGUCGUUUUAAUGUCGAUAUUGAUCAGUUGUCUGCAAAUCGGUCGCGUAACUAAUUAGGAGGCAUUGUGGGUUUUUUAUACGGCUUAAUUUCUUGUGGCAAUGGUAACGAGGGCCCAAAUUGCUUUGGUUUGUCCUUUUUCAUGUUCGAAAUGAUCAGUUUGAGUUUUAACUCCAUACCAAGUUAAUGGAAAGGAAGUGACAAAUCUGAAGUUUUUAGGGAGGAGUUAGCAAUGUUUGGCAGUUAUAUGAAUUUUACACUUAAAGUGUGUUUUAUUACUUCUGUGUGUGUAUAUGAACUUGAAUCUGAAUGAACUUUCUCUUGCGUAUUAAAGAUAGGACACCGUACAUGAAGACACGAGCCUGCGGUUUGAAGGGUCUCCGGCGCGCACGCCUCGUCAGGGGGACGCUCUCCAAAAACCCUUUUGUAAUAAACCAUCCGUAAAGCAGCAGGUUUGCUAUGAAUGAGUUUGAGCACCAGCCUGUCGUUGGCGUGGACGCUGGCCCCAUGAAAGAAGAGGAAACGGGCAAGGGCGUCACAUGCAAUAAAUUGGUUUUAGGUGUGGAAUGGGUUACUGGCUUCCAGUUCGAAUCGUGCGUGUCCUUUUUAGGUGGUUCGCUAAAUUGUUACAUGACAGUUUCUAUCAUGAUAUCAUUGCAAAGCAAUAUAACCCAAAAUCUAGAACAAUUUAAAAGCUGUAAUCGUCGAUGUGGCUGUUGGUUGGAAUCUUAUUGCCGUUUGUUUAUGUACUUAUUUUGCUUGUAUCAAUCAGUGGGAAUGUGCAUAUGGUGGACUAGCUCUUUAGGCUAUGUGGAAAAAUGUUCAAAUUUAAACUGUGCUCGCCUGCAUGCCAGAGUAUUGUUAUGAAAUAUUUAUUAUGGCGCGGAAUCUUUUUUUUUUUUUUUUUUUUUUUUUUUUUUUUAAAAUGCGUAAA